UUUGAGAUGGGAGAAUUUGGGGAGGUUGAAAGCUAGUGUGAACUGCAUGAGCCGAAGAGACUGAAGAACAGAGCCUUAUAUUCAGAAAUAAAACAAAAAAUAUUUUUUUCCUCUCUUGGUUUGAAAUUCCAGGUUGUGUUCAUAAUGUCGGUCUCACCUGUGCAACAUCCUCUGUUUAUAGACGGAGACAGCUGCUGGCAGCUGUCACAAGUGGUUUCCAUGGCAAUGCAUGUGCAUGGGUCACAUUUAGUCCGAGCUUCAGUGUCUAACCCAGUAUUCACACAGCGAGAAACUUGGUGGGCCAGUUAGUUGCUGGAUGACCGUUCUUUUUCUAUGAAGCUGAGUGUUAUGCAUUUAGAUCUUUAUGCAGGGUGAACGGCCUGCCAUACAGAAGAUGUACCAUCGCUCACAUGACCAUAGGCAAGCCAGUGCCCCUCUCUCAACAGAGUAUUCUUGUUCAGCUGGUGGAAGUGCUGAAUGUGCAAAAGCCAUCAGGGGCUUUUCCCCUCAUUACAUUACAGAUGCUUAGAACUUAUCCAGAGCGUAGUCAAUCCAUUUAUACAGCUGGAUAUUUUACUGAAGCAAAUCAGGUUAAGCACGGGUACAAUGGAGUCAACAACGGUCUGGUAGGCUCAGUCAUUUCUAUCAGAUCAAAUCCACACUGAGGAGCCAUCGGCAGGAGGAGAUGGUUACGCGGCUAAUGCUAAUCUCAAGAUCAACGGGAACUUAUGAGACAUUCAGUUACAAGUUAACAACUGCCAACUUCCACACUAUGAUGUAUAGCUACAUAUGAAAGGACACAGCCUGGUGUUUGAAUAUCAUAACCCUAAUUUAGCGAAGAGCUGAGUAUUCAGUAUGUUUGAAAAGAUUCAUGUUGGCUGGGUUCAUGUUGUCCUGAUUGCAGUGGGAAGCUCAUCCCACACCUGUGUGGCCAGAACAAACAGGAGACCAUCACGUUGACCAAGCACUCCCAUUUAGGGGUAUUUAAGAGGCACCAUCCCAAACACAUCCACAUUCCAACUGACUAGUCAACAAUUAUCUACCAAAGAUCCACCGGUGAAAACCUGCAACCUUACGGACAGGAUGAAGGUGAAAGUGAUUAUGUUACUUUUUCAAAUCUUGGCGAUUUCAACCCUCAAGUCAGAUUCAACUCACGUCCCUGACGGAUACGUACAAGAGAAUGUGGCUUUACGUGGGAAGGCCACUCAGUCGGCUCGGUUUUUUAAGCUAAACCUGCUGGGUUACAGCCAGCCUGCCAACGCCAUCGAUGGAAACCGAGAUUCUAAUUUCUUCCAUGGAUCCUGUACCAUCACAACUUUAAAGCCCAACCCCUGGUGGAGGGUGGACCUGCUGCAGGAGUACCAAAUCGUCUCUGUCACCAUCACCAACAGAGGAGACUGCUGUGGAAAAAGGAUCAAUGGAGCUCUCAUCCUCAUCGGCAACUCCCUGGAACAAAACGGCAUUAAUAAUCCACAGUGCAGCGUGAUUGGCUCUAUGGAAACAGGAGAGACUAGAACCUUUUACUGUCCAUAUACAAUGACGGGACGCUACGUCACAGUGUACCUCCCAAGAACACAAUUCCUUCAACUCUGUGAAGUGGAAGUGAAUGCUCUGCUUCCUGCCAACUGAAAAUUUUUCUAAGCAGUGCUUUGAAAAUUUGUUUGCAUCUACAACUACUCAUUGCUUUAUAGCAAGAUGCAGUCUGUUUAGAAACGCGGGUAAAGAAAUCAAUUUAACUAUUUUGGGAUUUGAGAAUCAUGCUGCCAUUUUAAUAUAUUUCCAGGUUUUUGUGUACAGAAAACUUGCUGAAGUUCUACUUGUCUGCUUUCUGCAAGUUCAUUUAUUGACUGAUUUUCUUUGUAGUGCAUCAAAUAAACAUCUAAUUUAAAGCAUUGACAUACA